UGGGGCCCGGGAGGAAUACCACAUAAAUCCAUAGGUCCAUGCUAGUUUGUCACCUUGGUGUGAAAGAGGGAGGACAGAGGAGAGGAGGGAGGAGUACUACAAAGAACAACAACGCAGAAGUCUUCUAUCAAAACUGGGAGAUAAAUGGGGGCUCAAGAUUUGAGCAGAAACUGAAGAUCCAUCUUUCCCCAAAUGAAUCCACAGGGCUGUAAAAAAAAAAAAAAAAAAAAAAGCUGCAGGGACGCAUCAACGAUGACUUGAAUGCGAGUAAGGAUCUGUAUCUUAAUGCUGUGGGAGCCUUAGGAGAGCAAAGACCGGAUGAGCAUUGACCGGAUGUAUUACGGCUCCUGACUUGAAGACAAGUCUCGGAAAGCUGCUCGAGAUCCAAUAGAGGAAGGAAGAGUGUGUUCCGAUCACCGCCGGAUUGACAUGCACAGUAUAAAUGAAACUCUCUGGAGAUGUCAGCAACUGAAGUGAACGUGUUUCAGCACGAGAAGGGUUUUGCUUUCAAAGAGACGUGGGAGACAAUUUGUCCAGUUGAAAGGCGGAGGACCUCCCUGCUGCUCCCAAAUGACCCUUGUCAGAACAUCUCUCACCUCGGAGGUGUUUUGUUAGCUUAAAUCUUCGCUGGAGGCUUUACCGCUGAGUUGGUUUUGAAAAAGCACGGGAUCAUAUUCAUGUUGGGAAUAAGAAGGCAGCUGUGAAGUCACGAUUUCACGAGCCACGUCAGAACCUUUCGUUUCCUCCGUGGAUUAAUCCAGUUGUUGUGCACGCACUUUCUUCUGCUUUCCUUCAGACGCUUUCCCUUAGAUUGGUGUUUGGAUUGCCCUGGACGUCUCCUCAAAGAUUUCCCUUUGAUUGCCUUUACAUUCCCCUGCCAUCUGUACCGUUUACAUCACCUCACACUGUGAAAUGUUUAUACAGACUUUAAACCAUUUACAUUUCCGGGAGCCAACGAUUAAAAGACCCCUGUAUAAACUGGAAAACCCGACCUCUGAUAUCUGAGCUGGGAACCCGAAAUGAACUGCACCCCUAAUGCUACCAUCACCCCCCUGCAAGGAGCUGUAGAUGGAGGAUCCCAGGGGAGCAGUAGCGAUGCUGGAGGCAGUGGAGGCCUGUGGGUGACGUCCCUGUUGGGUGUCAUGCUGAUAAUCAUGUGUGCCAUGGGUGUGGCGGGCAACACGUACACCUUGAUCGUUACGCGCUCAGCUGCUUUGCGCCGGACUGGUUCUAUGUAUGUUUACAUCAUUAAUUUGGCCCUAGCCGACCUGCUCUACCUGUCCACCAUCCCCUUCGUUGUAUGCACCUACUUCGCCCAUGACUGGCUGUUCGGUGAAGCCGGCUGUCGCAUCCUGCUGAGCCUCGACCUCCUCACCAUGCACACCAGCGUCUUCAUUUUGGUCGCCAUGAGCCUGGAGCGUUACCGUGCCGUGGCCAGGCCCUUCAGCGCACACAGGUCUUCGUCUCGCAACCGACGGAUAUCGGCGGGGGUUAUUUGGGGGUUGGCUUUUGUCCUGACUCUUCCCAUGAUGGUGAUGAUCCGGCUCAGGGAGGGCAAGCCGACCGUGACCGGGUUGGUUAAGAGAAUCUGCUUCCCCACCUGGACUCCCGACGCUUUCAAGGCUUAUCUCACCGUCCUGUUUUUCACGAGCGUGUUAGUCCCUGGGUUGGUCAUCGUUGGGUUGUAUGCCGGGCUUGCCAGGCACUACUGGGUGGCACAAGCUAGGUUAGGAGGCAGCAGUCGGUCCGUCCGGAGGAGAGGUCUCAAACAAAAAGUCAUAUCAAUGAUCUUCAGCAUUGUAGUCGCUUAUUGGGCUUGUUUCUUACCUUUUUGGGGAUGGCAGCUCGCCAAACUGUUCUCUCCGGAGUCCCUCAAGGCUUUGUCUCCGGCUGCUCAUAAUUACGUCAACUUCUUUGUGACGUGUCUGACCUACGUGAACAGCUGUAUCAAUCCAUUCCUUUACACUCUGCUGACUCGGAACUACAAAGAUUACUUGGCCCAGAAAGGUCAGUCAGUGGGGUCAAGCAGGGCCGAUCCUGCGUCGGCUGUGACGACCCCUCUGCAGGACCUUUAGUGGAUGACUGUACAGUCAAGUCAUAAAAUGUAUUUUGACAGCCUGAGAGAGGACAUCUUAGGCUC